GUACUAACAAUUACACCAAGCAGAUGACCAACAACGAUCCAAGCGCUGUCACGCUCUUAGAGCGUGCCACAACGCCAUCUCUUUUGCUUCCGCAUAGCUGCGCAUUGUGUAGUUUUCCGACUUCGUCGACAGCGUGCGGUGAAUUUGCAGGCACUCGUACCGCUUCACUACUUGCACACCAUCACUGCACGCUUCAAGCGCGCAUAUCACUCACUACAACUUCAUUCUUUUGGCCAUCCUUAUUACUCACAUUCUUCGCAUUUGCCCUACUACCCCUCCCUCUUUAUCACUCAGUUCAUUACCAGUCCUGCUUGUAGGUCUAGUGCUGGGACAGGUUUGGAGCCUUUGGCGUUCUCCACAGAGAGCUUACGGUCACUACGAGCGUCUUCCUAGCACCAAGGCCACUUUACCAUCACCAUGAGCGCUACGAUACCGUCACUGAAUCCCUUCAGCGAUGAAAACAUCGAGCCAACCAUGAGUGGCGAGAAGAACUUCGCCGACUUCAAGGUUGGUAAUGAUGCUACUCUCGUUAAGGAUCCCUACAAAAAGACAGCAAGUAGACUAGAUAACGUCGCAGUCCCUAUCCUCGAUGCCGUCCAAGCAUUCCCAACCUGGAGCCCUCAGUCAAGCGUAUCCACCCUCAGCAUCGUCUCAACAGCACCUACUUCGCCUACAACAGAUACCUUCAACGCGCCCAUCCAGUGGAACAACGCCGACCUAAUGUAUCUGCUCUCCUGCACCAUGCCAGACGAGCUCCUUGCAAACCAACUCAUAUUCUCCCCUCCCCUCGAAGAUCUCCGCACCAUCACAUGCCUCAUACACCUCCAGCUCUUCAGAAGGACACCCACCACCCCUCCUCCGCCUGAAGCAUUCUCUAAACACGCUCCCAUCGGCACCGGACGACCGUGCUCAAGCGUCCUAGUCGCCGAGUCAGACAAGAAAUGUGGCAGCACUACAGAAGCACGCCGCUCACUAGCGAAAAAGCUGCUUAGUAGUAUGCGUGUGGUGGGCGGCGCCGUGGAUAUGUAUAAUGUCCUCGUGACGCUGCAUCGUCUCUCGACUCCGACGCUAUAUAGCAUCUACCGCAGUCUCAUUCUCAUGACCGCAGUGUCUGAUAGGGAAUGGAGCGAGCGCCUACAACAGCUUCGUGGCUUGGUCGAUGGAUGCGACGCCGUCGAGAGCGUAGAUUUCACGUGUACUGUCGAAGCGCGGCUGGAAGUCUUUUUCCUCGAGGUGGGCGUGGGGCAGCUUGAACGUUGGAUCAGGAGUGUAGGAGUGGCAUUGGCGUUGGGGAGGAGGGGUCGUAAGGUCUGGGCAGAUGUUUAUGGGGAUGCGGCGGCGUUCUUGGGGCGGGCGAUGUGGGAAUUAUUGGAUUAAGAAGACGGUGGGGUAAUAGUGAUAAGGGGGAAGAGAGUGUGAAUGGGGUAGGCCCUCGAUGCUUUGCAUGAGAAGAGGAGAGUGUGGCGAGCGAUCGCAACAGGCUGGACAGCGAGUGCGAAGAAUGUUAGC